GGUCAUGACUAUGUACCUGGUUAUGUAGAAUCUAUACCUGAUCGGUUUAUCCAUACGAUCAAUGUGGCUAUAGGACUUACCUACAUGACAUCUCCAGUAAUUGGAGUGAUCUUAUACAAGAGAGGUCAUUAUACACAGGAGGGAGGGUUAAAUAUACUGAAGCUAGCACUGUCUCUAGCAGCUGUGUACGCAGCAGCAUACAUAAUUAGGGGACUGGGGCGAGCCAUCAAUGCUGAUUAUAGAGCUUUCGUUACAGCUCUGGUUAAUGCAAGAAGUGGUAAUGCUACCUCUCACAAUAAGAGAGAAUUACUUCAAUAUGAUUUUGACUUUUGGGCUGCACCAGUAGAUUUUGUGUGGAAUGAAGGAAUGGCAAAAAAAGAUAAAAAACGCUCUCAGCCUGUCACUAGCACUCGAAGGGCACAAACUGUUGACAGGAGCAGCGUAUCUGCAAAAUACUUGGUUACCUUGCCAUAA